CCAAAGGGUCGCUGAAAGGGUCCGAAAACUCCCCGCCUUGAGACCGGAGUGAGAUGCCAAUGCCAGACACAUACCCUAUAAGACCUCACCAGGGGCCUCGACAUUCGCCAGCCUGACCUAUCCAUCUCUGCCUUAAGCCUCUCGUGUGAUUGCCCACCAUGGCUUUCUCCAUGCCGAUGAGACAAGGAUUCGUGACGUCCCGCCAACACACAAUCUCUCACGUCCACAUUCCGCCAACAGAUGCGCUGCCGGCGCUGCUCUUCCUGCAUGGCUUCCCUUCACAUAUCCCUGACUGGAAGCACCAGAUACGACAUUUUUCAUCGCUUGGCUAUGGCAUCGUCGCGGUCGACUUGCUAGGGUACGGCGACAGCAGCAAGCCGACCGACGUGGACAGCUACCGCAUCCGGCCCAUGGGCGAUGAGAUCGUGGAGUUGCUGGAUCACCUUGGCCUGGGACAAGUCGUCGGCGUCGGUCACGACGUGGGCUCGACUCUGCUCUCGCGGCUGGCGGCGUACCAUCCCGAGAGGUGGGCGGCCCUGGUGUUCCUCGCCGUCGGCCCGCCCAAGCUUGGGACGCCCUUCGACGUCGACGCCAUCAACAGCAUGACGAAGCAGGCCCUGGGCUUCGAGCUCCUCGGCUACAUACCAUGGCUCGGCAGCGCCGACAACAACGCCCAGGCGGCGCUGGAGAAGAACCCCGGUGCGGCCAUGAGCCUCAUGUUCGCCGCCGACAGGGCGUCCUGGGACGAGUGGUUCCACCCGCUGCACCGGAUGGAGCAGUUCGUCCGCGAAGACAGGCGGGUGCCCGUCGGGGAGUGGUACGCCGAGGACCUCCAGCGGCUGCAUCUCGCGGCCUUUGGGGCUCGCGGCAGGUACACGGGCGCAACGCGGUGGUACCGCAUGUGGCUGGAGAACCGGUUCGCGCCUGACGAAGACGGCUACGGGGACGCAAAGAUCACGCAGCCGGCGCUGUUCGUGGUGCCCCGGGAGCCCGAGGCCGGGGCCGACCAGCAGACCCAGAUGCUGGCCGCCUGGGCACUGGACUUGACGGUCGUCAAGGUGGACUCGGGGCAUUGGGUGCAGCUGGAGCGGGCCGGGGAGACGAACGAGGCGAUUGAGCAGUUUUUGAAGAAGCUGUGAUGGCAUAUGGCUGACUCUGAAGUCAAGCCGGCAUAGGAUGGGGAAGGCU